AUGGCUGAGGAGGCUCUGAGGGGUCCCAGCACCCGUUUCUCCCUCUCCUUCUCAGGCAGUGGCUUCCUCGCCAUGUACCAGGUUGGGGUGGUGCAGUCUCUCCUGGAAUUGGCUCCUGAGCUCCUCAGAUCUGCCUGCAAGGUCUACGGCUCCUCGGCCGGUUCCCUCAUCGCCGCCGCCGUCGUGUGCAACAUCGGCCUGGAUGACAUGAAGGAAUAUUUCUUUACCCUGACCAUGGAAGCCAGGAAAACCAUCCUGGGCCCUCUGUCUCCCAAGUGCAGCUUGCUGGCCACUAUCAGGGCUCUUCUGCAGAGGAUGCUGCCAAAGGACUCCUACCAACUGGCUUCAGGGAGGCUGCACAUCUCACUCACACGGGUCAUGGAUGGACAGAAUGUCAUGGUCUCUGAGUUCAGCUCCAACGAGGAUCUCAUCCAGGCUCUUGUCUGCAGCUGCUUCCUUCCCAUCUACUGUGGAUUCAUCCCUCCAUCCUACCGAGGAGUGAGAUACGUGGAUGGAGGAUUCACUGGCCUGCAGCCUGUCUCCAGCUUGGAGGAAGCUGUGAUCACCGUGUCCCCCUUCACAGGAGAGCUGGACAUCUGCCCACGGGAUUGUCCUGCUAUCUUCUUCUGCUUCCAUAUCUUCAAUGGCAGCAUUCAGAUCUCCAUAGAAAACCUCUGCAGGAUUAGCUAUGCUCUCUUCCCACCCAGCAGCAUGGUCCUGGACGACAUUUUCUCCCAAGGCUACCAGGACACUGCCCUUUUCCUGUACAGGAACAAUGCUUUUGGCUUCAACUACUUUGACGGCAACUUCCGCUUCUCCGUCCUGUGCGGGAAGAAGGACCCGGCACCUCCCAGGGGGACACGGCCCAGCCUGGGCACCAGGGACCCCCGGGGGCUGCCUCCCUGCCUCCUGCCAGGUUUGGCUCCCUGGAGGAAGGAGCAGGUGGCUGGACUGCAAGAUCCACUCUCCAAGCUCCUGCUGCAGCCCUACAGGCUGCCAGCUUUUGUCAGGAAGGGGAUGAAGAAGCUGUGGGGGCUGCUGGAAGUCAUCAGCUCCGUGGUGAAACAGUUCCAGAAGUGCCUUCAAACUGUGGUGCCUGGUUUGCUUCAGAGAGCUGUGACCUCCCUAGCCAGGAGGUGA